AUGUCAAUUUCCAGUGAUCACUGUGCCAGUGGUAAUCUAACAUACGAUCUUUCCAGCAUUUCCGGUCGAGUCGCCAUCGUGACCGGCUCAUCGUCCGGAAACGGCAGAGCAAUUGCCCUUGCACUGGCUUCUGAAGGAGCAUACCUCGUCUGUAGCGAUCUGAGCCCCGAGCUUCGUGCAGGAGGAUAUGAGAAAUCCCAGGUCCCGACUCACGAAUUGAUCGUUCAACAGAAGGGAAAAGCCAUAUUCCAAAAGGCAGACGCAAGCUCUGUAGACGACGUCAAAGGCCUGGUUGGCUUGGCCGUCCAGACUUAUGGGAGACUUGAUAUAAUGGUCAACAAUGCUGGGAUUUUCAUGGGAUUGGCGAAUAUUAUGGACGAGCCUGUUGAAAACUAUGAUAAAACCAUGGCUGUGAAUGCCAGGGGUGUCUAUCUCGGAAUGAAAUACGCCAUCACUCAAAUGAUGAAGCAGGAUCCUUUGCCAUCGGGAGAGCGAGGCUGGAUUGUCAACAUUGCGUCGAUAGGCGGACAAGUUGGUCUGGCACUCGAACGUGCGGUUGUCAAUCUCACGAGACAAGUUGCCGUGGAUUUUGCAAAGCAUAAAAUCCACGUCAACGCCGUGUGCCCGGGAUUCCUCGCCACGGCUAUGGUUCGCCCCUUCUUGGAACAGGCAGAUACAAACAAAUUGCUGCAUGACCAGAGCCCCUGGCCACAUCUGGGGACGCCGGAGGAUGUCGCAAAAGCGGUACUGGUCCUUGCAAGUGAUGCAGCUAGUUGGAUGACUGGGGGUAUGAUGCAGGUAGAUGGCGGAUUCGUUGCGAGAUGA